AGAAACCUCAGAGGCUGGGAUAGGGUCAGCAUCCUGAGGCCAGUUGCUUUUGACAGUUUCCUUUCUGGUCAAACCUGGUCUCUGUUCUGCUCUAAGUGUAUCACUCAACACGGCAGCUGCAGCACAGAAAGCGAGAUGGAGCCCCUAGCUGGAGCUAACACUGCGGCCUUCCACCAGCGCUGGCCAGUCCGACUGCUGCUGUGGGUCUCAGCUCUGAGCUGUUCUUUUUCCUCACCAGCUUCUCUCCCUCCGUCCCUGGUACCCCGAGUCAGAAGCAGCUACACUCUGGGAAGGACGUUCCUCGGUCUUGAUAAAUGCAAUGCCUGCAUCGGGACAUCCAUUUGUAAGAAGUUCUUUAAAGAAGAAAUAAGCUUUGACAACUUGAUGACUUCCCACCUGAGACCACCUCCUCAGGACUUGACUUCUUAUGCUGCAAAUUACUCAGAUGAUUCUAAAACCUGGCGCCCUGUGGAGGUCUCUCGAUUGGUCAGCAAGUACCAAAGCGAGAUCUCUGACAGGAAAAUAUGUGCCUCUGCGUCGGCUCCGAAAACCUGCAGCAUUGAGCGCAUCCUGCGAAAAACGGGGAGGUUCCAGAAAUGGCUGCAGGCCAAACGACUCACACCUGACCUAGUGCAGGGCCUGCCCAGUCCCUUCCUGCGAUGCCCUUCACAAAGACUCUUGGAUCGUGUGGUUCGACGCUAUGCUGAAGUGGUUGACGCUGGCAGCAUCUUCAUGGACCACUUCACUGACCGUGACAAGCUGCGUCUCCUCUACACACUGGCUGUCAAUGCACACCCCAUCAUUCUGCAGAUCUUCCCAGGGGCAGAGGGCUGGCCACUGCCCAAGUACCUGGGCUCCUGUGGUAGAUUCCUGAUCAGUACCAGCACCAAACCACUGCAAGAAUUUUACGAUGCACCCCCAGAGCAAGCUGCUGACGUUGCCUACCAACUCCUUGGGGUCCUGGAGUCCUUGAGGAGCAAUGAUCUGAACUAUUUCUUCUAUUUCACCCAUGUUGAUGCAGACAUGUUUGGCAUCUUUGACAAUGGGCAUCUGUUCAUCCGGGAUGCCAGUGCACUAGGUGUCAUCGACAAACAGGAAGGCAGCCAAGCAGCUUUCGGGACUGGAGAAAACGAAGACAUUUUUAGCUGCCUGGUUUCUGACUGCCAGGUCCAGCUGUCCUCCUGUGACACUGUCUCUGAGAAGCAAAACCUGGUGCUGGUGUGUCAACAAUUGCUGCCUCGACUUCUCCAGGGAAAGUUUCCUUCCCCUGUGCAAGAGAAAAUAGACUCUGCCCUCAGUUUGUGUAGCAAGAAUGCCAGCACAGACAUGGAAGUUUUAGGGGCCACCAACCUACUGAAGGACAUCUUGAGACCACUGAGAACCUGUGAUCCUAGAUUUGCCUACCGCUACCCAGACUGCAAGUAUAACGACAAGUUCUGACUGGGGCCUAACUAGCUUGAAGGGACAAUCCACAAGCUCUUUCAUGUCCCUGGUUGAGUUGACACCAAAUUGGAAGAAGCAAUUCCAGUUUAAAUAUUUAAGUACAUUCCUUUCCUAAGAAACACUCAAAACUAGUGAAAGAAACUCAUCUAAUGUGCUUGUGCUCAAGUCCUCUAAAAGACAAGUGUCCAAACACAAUUACAUGAGCUUUCUUAGAGAGGACAUGCUAUGGGGAAGGGAAGAAGGGGCAAACAUACAAACCCGUGCUGCACUCUGACCCGCCAUCAAAAUAUAGGCAAUGCAAGAAAGAUUGUCUGGAUAUCUACAAGACCAAUAUGGAGCCAUACACCAAGAGAGCUCCAUGUCUCCCAUGAACAGAUUAGCUUUAUUAGCCCUGUGUGUUCAGGGCUAGGCAGAACAGGCUGUCCAAGUAUGACUACAGCUUAGCUCCAAAGACAGAUUUCAGAGCACAGCAGCCUGAGAGCACCAGAUAGGUUCCAUUGCUCAUUGUAGCUGCAGCCUGGGACCAGGACCUGUGCUCUUCUACACCACGUGCUCCAGUGCAAGACUCAAAGGAGUCCUAGAAUUUUCAUCCAAACAUGGCCUUACGAGUUAUUAUUUAAAACAAAAAACAAAAGAAAAAAAAACCUUUUUUUUAAGGUCAACCAAUGGAAUGCAUUUUCCUCUGCUGUACCUUUAAAAUAUUUAACUACAUGGCUUAUGGGCCUCUGUGCAUGCCUCCUUAAUAAUUAUUAAGGGCUCAUAGCCCUUUGCCUAGCCUCCCUACUAGACUUCUACUCCUGGGAAUUGAUCAAUCUACCUCCUUUCUUCUACCUCUAAAUCAGCACCUUGGAGGUCAGAACACCCAGUCAACAAGACUUGCUGCACCCAUGGGGAAACAGAGGCCCAGAGAGGAUGUGAUUUGCUUGGAUAAUGCCGAAACCCUUCCUACAUGUUCAUUCCUCUGUUGCCUUCCCCAUCAGUCUCAGACUCCCAUCUUGGACGAUUCAGUUCUAAUUUCAUUCACAUUUAAACAUGAAUCCCUAUCUUGUGGUAUACUGGGGGACCUUUCAGUUUUGCCUUUUGACUGCUCCAGACACUCUCUGUCCCCUGGGAACCACAACAGUGAGGAUGGCAGGCCAAGCUGCUGCAAAGACUGACUUGUCAUGCCUGAGAAGCUUUAAAGCUGAUGUCUUCUGGUUGGCUGUUGAGGAUGAAGUCCGACCACAUCUCCCUACUGACUUGCUUGCGGUAUGUGCUCCCAGACAGCCUCCUGACCAGAACACAGGGAAGGGGCUACAGUCUCAGACUCCCCAAAGGUUCACAUGAACAUAAGACUGUCCUCAGGACUCUCCAGUAUGCAUGCCAGGCCUGGCCUCUCUCAACAGAACCAUUGUUUUUCCACUAAAGACUGUAAGUGAUUUUGAGUGAUGCCCCAGAGGGAGUUGAAAAAUGGAACUUACUAUAACCCUCUUCUUAUCCCUCUACCACAUAUCUGUGGGGAAGGCAAGAAGGGGGGAAACAAAUGAAGACCUCUCCUCUGGCCCAAUGACCUGGGACUCUAAAGAGUGGAGCUGCUGAGUCUCAGAAGGGAACAUAGCCCUAGACACCUCCUGAAUUAAGAUAAAGACAUUUAAUGUCCUCCUUGAUCAUAUCCCAGGAGAGAGCAAAGAACAAAACUAUUGGAGUACCCCCUGGAGGAUAGUGGGAUAUUUGUUUUUAGUACAAGCUAAAGCAAACUAUGUGUUUUUGCAGCUGUGUGCACAUCUGCAGGGCAGGCCAAAGGAGGACAAAGAACUCUUAGGCAGGGCCUAACACUUUGGAGUGACCUGGAAAUAGCUCCUCAGCUAGUGACCUUUUGCAAGAUCAGGAGGUUGAGAAGUCCCUUUUCUCAUGCAUUUUGAGGACAAAGCAGACUUGCUCUUGUCAUUGUGAUUAAAGAUCCCAGGCCCCCUCCUAGGUGUUAUCUCCAAGGGAUAUACUCCCCACUACCUGCCAUCUGUUUAUUCUCUACCUCUCCUUCUACAAAGGACACCUCUCUCUCUAACGCAGGAGUGUAGUAGGCAGACAGCACUGACUGCCAGCCCUUUGGGCUCUGCCUUGGUCACUCUGUGGCUUCACUCCAGGCCACACCCAUCCUAAGACUUAUCCAUACCUAGUCACUGGGCUUGGCAAGAUGUGAUGUCUCAGGUAAUUUGCCCAUUUAGCUACAACUCUGAUGGGUAGUUUUUAUUCCAAUACUCUCCAUGAAUCAGACCAAGACUUUACUGACCCUUCAUCACAGUCCAACCUCCCCCACUCCUCCUUUUCCUCUGAAUUCUUUUCACAGGUGUUGGCUAGACAACUUGUGCCCAUUAGUGGCCAAAAUGGUAGCUCCAGAAAAUGUUCACUUCUUAAUCCCCAGAAACUGUGACAAUUGCCUUAUAUUGGAUAUGGUUAAGGAUGCUGGGAUUUUCCAGGAUUAUCUAAGUGGGUCCUAAAUGGCAGCCCAUGUGUCUUCAUUAUGAGGGAAGCAGGGGGACUUUUAAGGGAGAAGAACCAAUGAUGUGAAAGUUAAGAUAGAAAUGAGGACAACUAUAAGCCAAGGAAUUCCAGCAGUCACCAGAAUCUGGAAGAGGCAAGCAAUGAACCUUCUGCCAGAUCCCCAGAGGGAAUGCGGCUCUAAUGCUACCCUAACUUCAACCCUGUGAGCCCCCAAAACUGUGAGAGGAUAUAAAUCUAUUGGUAUAUACCACCUCCUGUAUAGUGAUUUGUUUAAAUAUCUUCAGGAAUCCAAUACAUACUCCAAAGUCUACUGAAUAUCAGCUUCCAGAGAGCUCCAACUGCAAUACUUGUCCAUAGUCUACUGUGGGCAAAUGGAAAAUAGUCCUUGGGCACGUGCUUAGCAUGCUCAGGGCCCUAGUUUCAGUCCCAGUACAACAGAAGCAGGUCUUGGCAUGGGAAGCAUGAGCUGUAUCCCUGUCCAGGACUGAGGGCUUCCUUCCUCCAAAGCUCUAAACAUCACUGAAGAGCCUUCUCAGUCCUCCAUUUAUGCAGAGCUUUUAAAAUAGGCCAGCCACUACAGAACACUUUCUGAACAUUGUCCCUGAAAUUCUGGUCCACAAGUUUGUGCCUCAUUUGAGUAUGAUUUCAGGAAGAUCUGUGUCUUGCUUCCCCAUCCAUCUGGGAGCUUCCUGAGCCUGGGAGUGAUGUUGAGAACUUUGUGUUCCCCACAACAAGGGAGGGCUGGACAGAGAGCAGAGGCUGAGAACAAUGAAUACCUUCUUUAGCCCUUCCCUGCAUUGUUCAUACACCAUACUGGCUACCCAUCAGAUGGAACACUUCUUAACAGGCAAGAGACAGUUGAGUCAGCACUCAAGAGCCUUCAACCAGAAUAAAAAUAUCACCAGCUAGUCUCUACUCCUUGGAAUUUUAGUAGAGGUAUUAUUUUGUCAGUUUUUGUCAGCUAUGCCUUUUAGCCCGUAGGACUGGCUAUGUGACUUGUGGGGCCCAAAAACAAAUGAAAGUUUGAGAUGGACCUGUACAGAAACAGCUAAUAGUUGCAAAGUGAAGCAGCAAAGCUGAGCUGAGGCCCUCUGCUGUAUAGGUUACAGGUUCACCAAGCUGGCCCAGGGGACAGACUGCAGAUAUGGAUUCCCCUUACACUUGACAUUGAGUCUUGCUGGCAUUUGCUGAGGGCUCAUUUAACCUUCACACCCAAGGGAGCAAGUGUAGGACAGGGAUGAAAUGUAAUAUAUGUCAAAUGCUUAUGAGAUCAGACUCCACCAACUGCAGUUAUCAGGAAGGUAUAAUGCCAGCUCAGCCCACCAGUCUGACUUAGCGCUUCAGUGUUUUAUUAAGUAUGGUUCUUUUUAAGUUUCUUGCCUGUGGUCUUGCAUCGUCUGAUUUCUGCCUAUAAGUGAUUUCCUAAGUCUGAACAUUUUCUCUGGUGUUAACAGAAAUACUUUGUUGAAACUGAGGUCUUUGGUGAAAGUCCUGAUCUCUGGAAAUAGACUGACUUGCUAUCAAAUCAUGACUAUCCUGUUAUUGUGUAACUUUCUCCAUGUUAUUUAUCUUUUCCAGAACUCACUCUUUUUCUGUAUAAAAUAUAGAGGAAGAGAUUUACUCUUGCAGAAAUAUUGUCCCCUGUAAGUGAUGUGGGUCUCUUUAUGAAAGGAAAAAACAGAGGCUUUCUCCAUAGAGAACAUAGUGACAUUUUGGAGGAAAUCCUGACUCCUACCCAGGAGGCCGCUGGCUCUCUGCCUGAUGACAGUCUGACUGUGGUCAUUUUUGGUGCUUCUCCCAUUCAGACCCUUGGUCAAUCAUGAAAGGCAGCUGGGCAGCUUCUGUCCCCACCUCCCUCCCUAGACUGGCCCUCCAACAGGCUCAGAAGGGAAUCUUACAGUGAUCCUUACCAAGUCCAUCUGUGUUCAUUAUGUGAAGAGAAAUGAGGACAUAUUGUCUCAGUGAGCAUCAGUCUCCUAGCUAGCUCAUGGUGGUGUGGCUCCCCUAUCCACCUUACCCCUGCUUUUCACACACAUUGGCCCAGUUGAACUCACGAGAACAUAGGAUAUUCUCUGAUCAACUUGUAGCUCUUGAAGGAAUUUCAAAUGAUAGGAAAAGCUUGACACCCAAUCAGGGGACAACAGCAUUUGCAGGAUUGCUUUCCAGGAAAUCAAGUUGGGGGCAUUGCCCAGCAAAGGCAUUCUAUGCCAGUGACUCACACAUUAGAGAGAGCUCUUUGAAGAGAUAGUAAGGAGACAAGAAGAACAGCCCUGCUCCACUCAGAUGAGUAAAGAAUGGCUUCGGGCCUGUACUGUGACCACAGGGCCAAGGGAAAAUUGGCUCUGGGAGCAAGCAUGUAUCCCUUUGGAUCCUGCCACAGUCAGCAUUGCAAAAAUCAAUAUAUCCAAGUUACUGUUUGCAGGAAUGUUAGUCAUUGCAAUUAAGCAAUAAACACUUCAUUUGUGAUAAAAUAAACAGGUAUGCACCAUAAUAGAAAAAUGUUGGAAAUACCAUGAAGGUGGUUAUGCGGGACUACAGAAUAGACUCCAGUGCAUCCAUACAACUGGGUGCCACACCUUGUACAAAAGGAUGAUGAAUGACUCCAAACUCACAUGAGGAAAAGCACCAUGAGCACUUAAAAAAGGCUGAUUUUGUGCAGGAAGGAGAGCUAUAAAAUCCCAUUUAUGUGCCUGCUCACUUGAAAUAUUCUUAACUGGAUACUAUACGGAAUUGGAAGAAAUUAUGAUUGUAUAUCAAAAUACAUCCACAGUACAGGCUAGAAAAGAUGAAGCAUGUCUGGUGCUCCAUUAGGAAAGCAGCAGCCUUCAUUUAGCUUCUUCAUGGUUAAGGUCAGGGUGAGAGAUGCUUGGUCAUUCUGUCUGUACAGUGUUCAUGUUGUUGUUUAUGUUAAGACAUGAGUACAGAGCAGCCUUGUUUUGUCUUGAUCCCUCUUAGUCAAAGAGGGGCCUUGUUUGAUGUUGGCAAUCUGAGAAAUUGUUUGUGUCUAAGGAGAACACAAGGCCUGUGCUGUGCUGGCCAAGCCAGCUGUGGGUAACACCGAGGUUAAGGCUUAAAUGAUCAUGCCAAUCCAAUUCCACCCCACUAGGAUGUGCGUCUCCUUCUCUGUAGGACAAUUGGUAAAUGUCAAAUAUGAUAUAUAGGUCAAUAAAUGGGGCUCUUAUGAAUAUUAA